GACACGAUGGCGGCCGAGAUAUCUGAGGGAGCUCCUCGAGACGCCGCCAUGGUCGCGGCCUUGGCGAAGCGGAUGCGCAUCGCGGGGGCCGCCACUUCCCGGGAGACGUUCAAGUCGAUGUGGUCCGACGUGACGGAGAAGUCCUCGAAGCUCGCGAACUCGUCGGCCGCCGACCCGCCUCAGUUUCACGGAGUGGUGGCUGCUACGGAGAGGCUUGCCGAUAUCGUUAACAAAAACCACGAGGAGUGGAACGACGAUGUCAAAAGGCUUGGGAUGGCAGCUCUAAUGCUGUAUCGGAGCAGGCAAUCUGAUGUCAGCCUCCUUCAGCACGUUCAGCUUCUCUGGGUGCUUCUGGGCGGGCGCGAGCUGCGGGCGCACUCAGGUCGUGCUUAUUUUUACGAUCAUUCCCUUGGACAUUUCGAGGGCUUCGACGGUCUCAUGCCGCCGACCGUGCUAGCUGCCGCUGGCAAUGCCAUGCUGACCUUGGAAGGGUUGUUCAGGUCCUUCAAGGCGCCUGUCGCGCGCAAGGACGCGGACGUACUGAAUGCGAUCGAUUCGUCCAUCAAGGAGGCCUUGGCGCAGAACAACAACGACUUGCCGAGUGCAAUGUUGACUUUCCAUGACAACUGCAUGUUCAACAAAGGCAAUAACUUGUUGAAAGCAGGGAGCGCCGCGCCUGGCAGGCAGAGCGAACCGGGCGGCGACGGCGAGGAUGCAGAGGGCGCCCUUGCAGCCCCUGCACCGGACACGAGCAAUUCGGCUGACAGCUGGUUCGUGCUAACGGCUCAGACCAUAUCCAAAGUGUCAACUAAGCUUCAGUAUGAGUUGUUGGGAAACAAGUUGGUUCCUUAUUUCAUUGAGUGGUGUUCAACUGACAUGCAGCGGGUUCCAGGAUGCGCGUGCGCUGACUGCUGCGUGUUGUACGAUCGCAGCGCUUUCGAGAACAACAACAUAUAUCUCGGCAUCCCGACACCUCUGCUGGACCCGGUGCUCGACGCCGCCAUGGAGCGCGUUCAGCGCGUGUAUGAGCAAACUUUUUGGUCUAUACCCGAAUCGUUCGUCUUCGGCCAGGCAGCGCAGGCAUUGGCCAAGCGCGGUCAAAACAUCGAUCCAAUAACUGUGUAUUUGGGGCCGGGCGGCGUCGGCCCAUCCCUCUACACUUCGCACUUGCACGCGAUGUACGGCGAUAAGAACCACAAGUUCUUUGAUCCGAAUAUAUUUUUCCAGGACGAGGAGAUGCGGAAGGUGGUGGAACUCUUGGUCGGCGGCUGCAUCUUCACCGGCCAGGAGCGGCCCUCGGGGCAGAGGAGUAGCAUGCGCCAGGACUUACUCAAGAAGUUCGCCACGGCCGACACCAUCGCGGGGAGACUGCCGUACUCCAUCUUGACGAAGAUGUACAGGAUCAUCGGGUGGAAGCGCAUGGAGGUAAACCAGUUCUUCACUUUCGACAACGUCAACGAGCACAACCUGGAGUCUAUUGUGCGCCGCAUCGCCAUCAUCAAGAUACAGUCGCGGUUCUUUGACAAGCUCUACGUUGAUAAGAUUAUUCUCACCGACCCGAGCAGAUACGGCAUCUUCGCGCGCGAUCCCGACGCCAUGGACUUCAUGAUUAGCGGGGCCGCAGUUGCGGCAGGCCAUAAGAUUCAGUACGCGUUCGAGGUGGAGAACGGGCCCGAGGCGCGCAGAGACAUUUUGGUGAACUACACGAAGUGCGGCGGUGACCAUGGAGUAACCGAGAAAUACGUCAGGAUCGCUUGUCAUAUCAAGGCGGCCAACGCUGCGGAAUCAGCGGCGAGCGCUGUCGCCGAGGGCUUGGUUGACCCGCCGUCCCAGGACGGCCAUUUGCCGAGUUCGCCGAUAGUCCUUCUCAGCAACCAUUUGGUGAAGGAGCUGCAGCGGAAAGGAUUGAACUACUUGACUUACAGCGUGUUCCGAGCGUCUGCAACACCUCCCGGCGCUAGGCUGAAGGGUAACAAAGAAGAACAAUGGGAGUCGUUGAAAGGCAGCGACUUGUGGAUCGACGUCGGUUCCAAGGGCAAGGCGGAAGAUCGUCUGAUUCCGCGCGUCAAGACUCAGAGAGACGCUUCGAUUAUUUGUUCACGGCGGCCGCCAUGCUGCGAUGCGAUAUACCCGGAGCAUUGCGACGCAUCGGCGCUGGAGGCGGCGCGGUGUACAUCCAGAUUGGCCAACGAGAAGACUUUGGCAGGCGCGUUUAACGCGCUCGCAUCGGCGAUUGCUCCUGCGCGGGGGCGGCCAGCGAAGGGCGCCCUCGAGAGGAUCGAGAGUUUGGAUGAGAGGGCACAGAAGAUUUUGUCAAUGACAGAAACGUCGCAGCGGCUGCUUGACCGGAGUAAGAGGUCGGCCGACCUCGAGGUUAAGAGAAGGAAGUUGGCCUCGAAGCAGCCGAGCGUUGAGAAGUCUCCAACCCGCCAUACUGGAAGGAAAGAAACAGUCCCGCUUGACAGCUUCAAGAGCUACAGGCGCGCAGUGGAGUGGCCGUCUCGGCAGUACGUCAACGAGGAGCUCUCGGCGCAGGCCAUGGACCAACGAUUACAGCACGUGGUUUUUUCGAGCACUUUCGAUUUGGAUUUCGCGAACUGCGUUUUUUGUUUAUUGGCGCAGAUCAUUGAAAAGUUGGGGAUCAUUGACGCUCAGCUGUUCGCGGACGAGAUUGCUGCGCUACAGCGCGUUCACGCAGAUCGAGAGGGCGUCUGCAGGUUGGAGCCUGAAAGCCGCCCGCGCUUCCUCGCUCGUCUCGAUGCGGUUUCCUUGGCCUGGUGCGGCUUGGGGAAAUAG